GCUUGCGCAAUAUGUUUUGCACGGCCCUGGCUCUUGGCAGUGUAUGUUUGGUAUUGUUGUCAUAUUAGGAGAGUGAAAGACGCAUUUAUUACCGGGGCCAUAACCGUGAACGUGUCGCAUGAGGUUAGUACAUGGGCCCCACCCUGCCAUGAGAGUGGACCACCAGGUCAGCAGCCCCCCCUCCUUCUGCAGUUGAUGGAUCUGCAGCUGGUCCAGAGAUGACAGACAGCGUCAGGGCCUUCCUCCAGAAUGUUGCGACGGGGAUCAAGGACUCCAUAUUGGGGAUUGGAACCAUCUCCAAGCUGGAUGCUCGCAUCCAGCAGAAAAGGGACGAGCAGCGGAGAAGGAGGGCCAGCGGGGCCCUCGCACAGAGACGGGCACAGAGUGAGGAACGCAAACCGGACAAUGAGCCUAGAGUAGCCAGCAGGAUAUUUCAGUGCUGUGCCUGGAAUGGAGGAGUGUUCUGGCUCAGUCUGUUUCUCUUCUACCGGGUCUUCAUCCCCCUGCUGCAGACCCUCACGGCAAAAAUCAUCGGUGACCCCUCCCUCCACGGCAGCGUGUGGUCCUGGCUGGAGUUCAUCCUGACCUCCGUCUUCAGCGCUCUGUGGGUUCUCCCUCUGUUCGUCCUUAGCAAGAUAGUGAACGCCAUCUGGUUCCAGGACAUAGCUGACCUAGCGUUUGAGGUGUCCGGCGUCAAAGCCCAGUCGUUCCCCAGCGUCAGUAAGAUCAUCGCCGACAUGCUGUUCAACCUGCUGCUCCAGGCGCUCUUCCUCAUUCAGGGGAUGAUUGUCAGCCUGUUCCCCAUCGACGCGAUCGGACAGAUGGUCAGUCUCCUCCACAUGUCUCUGCUCUACUCCCUGUAUUGCUUCGAGUAUCGCUGGUUCAACCACGGCAUCGAGAUGCACCAACGACUGUCCAACAUCGAGAGGAAUUGGCCAUAUUACUUUGGCUUCGGUUUACCCAUGGCUCUGCUGACCGCCAUGCCCUCCUCGUACAUCAUCAGUGGCUGCUUGUUCUCCAUCCUCUUCCCUCUGUUCAUCAUCAGUGCAAAUGAGGCAAAAACGCCAACAAAACUAUAUCACUUCCAGCUGCGGCUCUUCUCUCUGGUCGUGCUGAUCAGCAACAAGCUUUUCCACAAGACCGUCCACCUGCAGUCGUCUCUGACGCCGUCGCCCUCGUCCGAGAAGCUGGCCUCGCCCCACACCUCCCCGAACCGCCACAGACUGCUGCAGCACAGCCAGUGACGGAUCCACGCGGAGCACGGAACGAUGUCGACCAACGUUUGGCGAUUCCUCCAGAAGGGUUGACCUCGAAGAAGGCGACACGCAACGCAAGAUGAAGGGUUUACGUAGAUUAUCCGAUCUUCGGCGGUUGGGUUCGGUUUAAAUCCACGCCAGGCACAUUUUGACUCACGCUUCUCUCUUAACACGUUAUAGGAAUAUUUACAGCUGUAACUUUAUUUUGGUUUGGUCUUCUUUCUGCAUAGGUUUUUUUUUUGUUUUGUUUUGUUUUUUGUAUAAUGUGCCAUUUGAGUGACGCUUCGUAACAAAUACAGCACAAGAGACCAUAUAGUUUUAAUCUUAAGCAGAUAUACCUUAAAUAGACUUUUUCUCUCUUUGCAGGAGCAUUGAGAAGAAACGGCACAUUUAGGUUCCACCUGCAGCGUUUUGCUUAGUGCUGAGUCUUGCACAUGGAUGUCGAUAUCCGACGAGUUUCAUAAACAAAUCCUUUAAAAGGAGUGUUCUUCUUUUUUGUUUUUCCUUCCUACGUUGCAAUCUCAGAUCAAUUCAGGCGGCACCAUGUUGCUGUUGAUUACCUUUUAUAAGAAAUGGCCACUCUUGUGUUUUUUGGCUUCUCUUCCCCCAGAAGACCACCACUAUCUGUAGUAUAUGUAGUGACACCAGAGGGUGAAGGGUUAACCCCACUCCUUAAUGGUUGUGUGUCAUUGGCUGGUCAUAGUGAGACAACACUGCCAAACCACUGCAGUUCUGUUUUCUUUUCCACUUCAGGCACAACCAUGUGAAGCUCUAUAAUAAAGAGGCCUUUCUUUAGAAGUACCAAGUAGGUGAUCUCCAUCACUUAGCUAAACCUAUCCUACCCAGAAAGCUGAUGUCAUUAUACCUUAUCUGCAAAGAUUUUUUUUAUUUUUAUUUGAUUAUGGUGUACAUAAUUUUGGCACCUUCUUUCUUCAGACGCCCUAGCUCACUCUGUAAUCUUUUCUCUUUCAUUUAUCAAAAGCUCAUGGCUGUGGAUAGGGGCAAUGAUUUUGAAAAAGUGUGCAAUUCUGACAGGAGUAUAGUGUUAGUGAUUUUAUUGUUGUCGGGUUUUUUUUUCUUUUCUUUUUGUAAAAGUAACAUUUAAUUUCAAUAAAAUUUGGUCAGUAUUCAAUG